AUGAACAUCCACAACGACCUCACCUUUCUCAAGGAUCUAGCUCAACAACAUCAACGCUCAAGGUCUGGAGAUAAAAUUCUCUUGAGGAUCGCACCCUUCUAUGUUCAAGCACCGAAAUUUAUACGCGUAUGGAACUGGCCAGAACUCGCCGUCUGUGGAUGGCAGCUGGAUAAGGACGAUUCUUCAACUGACUGUCAUCAGUAUGAGGACAAAGGGGGAUUGAGGCAGAGUGGGUUGGAUUUGGAUUUGGAAGCAGGCUCAGCCGUGGUGCAUCUGGAAAAUCCAGAUUUAUUAAUUAGUAUGAAUUAG